AUGGAUAUGUAAAAUUUAUAUAUUAUUGAACAUACAGAAGGGAUACAAGAAAUUUUAAACAAUCUGGCAAUUUUUGAUUAAAUUUAUAAAAAAAGCAAUAGAUCAAAGUUGUAAUUCAUAUUCUCUUCAAAACUUAGGUUUGAAAUAGCAUAGAAAAUUAAAAUAGCCAAAUUUAUUUGA